CAGUAGCAAGCCAGCAACGUCAAGCUUCACAUUAACUUCCUGAUCAACAAAGCAAAAGCGAUAAUGUCGACCAACGAAACCAGCCAAGUACUUCAGCGCCUGAACAGCCUGAAAAUUGUGGAAACUCCCAAGGAGCAACGCGAAUUGGUCAGCCGGGAGUGUUAUUCCCUAGACAGCAAGAAGUAUUCCUUAGUACCAGCCACCCCCAGCAGCGGAGGACCAGGAAAGUUUCAAACUGAACUCAAGAAACGUCGCAAAAACAAAAUGAAUCGAAUGUACACAUACGAGGCGGACAAGCACUUCAUCAAGGCUCGCAAAUCUUUGAAUUUCUAAUCAUAACACGAACCGAUGUAAUCGCCUUAGCCAUAAUCAGCAUAGAUUUCAAAUCGUACAAGUCACAUUUUUUACGCUCUCAUACAAUAAAAUAUAAAUACAUUUAAAAUAUAAUACGUUUCGCGCCUUUUACUGGU